AUGCAGGAAAACCGUGCACUAGCCGAAGUACCUCCCGCAGAGAAUUUUGAUAUGUCGCUGACGAAACACGAAUAUUUUCACGGUUUGUUACCACGGGAGGAUGUUGCGUCACUUCUUAAAAAAGAUGGCGACUUUCUAGUACGACUCAGUGAGGCAGACACCCAAGGAACAAAACUCGAAAUGGUCCUAUCAGUCUUGCAUGAUCCUAAAUCACGCUACAAAGGAGAACCUACCGAAAAUAGAGAAGAUUCUAUAAUACACAUUAUUAUCCAAUAUGCCAAAAAGAAGUACUUUGCCGUAAGCAAUCCUGGAUUUAACUCAGUUCCUGAGCUUAUUUCGUACUACUUAAAGCACACUAUGAUUUUCAAAUCUCAGCAAGUACGAUUAAAACAAGCCAUAUAUUUUGCUUCAUGGGAAUUCCAACCCGAGGAUGUAACACUAGAGAAUGUUGUAGCGAAAUUCGGUUGCGGAGAAGUUCGGAAAGGAAAAGUGACACGAAUGGAUCUGCCAACUUUAACGGUUGCAAUUAAGACGGUAUUCGGAAGAUCUUUGGAGGCUAGGGAAAAGAUAUGUGAACUCAUGCGUGAAUGUCGAUUAUUACGAGAGUUAAAUCAUCCCUGCAUUAUCCAGUACUAUGGCGUCUGUCUACUGGCCCAACCUCAUUGCUUCCUCUUCGAAUAUGUUUCUGGUGGUCCACUAAGCAUUUAUCUCAGAAACAAUAAAAGAAAUAUAAAACGUGAUGAUUUGUUAAUGAUGGUAUCAUGUGCUGGUUGGGGACUGGAAUACCUUCACAAGAAUACAAUUCUACAUCGUGAUAUCGCAGCUAAGAACUGUCUCUAUGAUAAACAAUUUGUGAAACUAAUCGGUUUUUCGAUGUCUAAGAAAGCUACUGUUUACUCCAUGAAGACAGCAAGACGAUUGGCAAUCCGGUGGAUGGCGCCUGAAACAAUUGAGACCUUUCAGUACAGCCAGAAGUCGGACGUGUACGGCUACGGAAUUCUAAUCUACGAAAUCUUUUCUGCAAAAGAACCGUAUGAAGGUCUCUCUAAUUGGGAUGCAAAACCACUUAUUAUUGACGGAAACGUAAACGACUUCACUGGAAAUACUCCAAAAAAAUUAUCGGAAGUGGUUAGGGAUAAAAUGUGGGCUAGAGAUGUGGAUUCAAGAUCAUCAAUGCACCAGAUAAUGCUGUGGAUGCAAGUCUACACAGGAAUGGAACUGCAGAUUUUCAAUGCAGGGGAUAUGGCUACGGCAACGAUACGUCAAAAUGCCGACGCUCUUGUUACAAAGGACAUAGAGCUUCAGCACCUUCCAAAUUUCAAAGAACCACUUCCAAAAACACCGCAGCGGAAAAAAAAGAAAAAGAAAGACUAG